ACAACUGCAUCAUGGCCGACCUCACGAAUCUAAUGAACCCAACGUCUGAUGAUGAUGCGAGCUACACGUACAAUCCAUCAGCGGAUGAAGAACAGCCCCACGAAGAUCUCCUACAAGAAGCUCCUACUUUCGAGGAAGACGACAUAAUCAAGAACUUUGAGAAAAUCAAAACUCAUUUCCCAGCCGCCCGAAUCAAGAAAAUCAUGCAGAGUGAUGAAGACAUUGGUAAAGUGGCCCAGGCAACGCCAGUGGUAGUGGGGCGUGCCUUGGAAAUCUUUAUGGCGAACCUCCUAGUCAUUUCUAUCAAAGAAGCAAAAAAGACAGGUUCAAAGAGAAUCAGCGCAUCUCACAUUCGAGCUGCUGUAGAAAACACCGAACAAUUCGAUUUUUUGAUUGAUGCUGUAGACAAGUACCCUCCAUUGAAACACUGAACAUCGGCAGGCUCCCUCCACUGUGUAUUCCGAUGAAUAUAGCUCAUCUUUUCAGCUGUAUAAUAGAUGUAUAUUAAUAGCAUACCCACUCCAUGUAAUCUUUCUCAAGCUUCACUUGAAAUUGUCGCAUCUC